UUUGUUUUGAAAGUUGACUGUUCUGUUUCCGCCUUAGCGGGCCUGACCCUCUGUGGUGAAACAAAUAUGGCUCCGCUGAAGUUCUGUGCUAAUAUUUCCUGGUUGUUCACAGAGAUGCCAGACUUCAGCCAGAGAAUACACGCCGCUGCCUCGGCUGGCUUCCAGGCUGUGGAGGCAGCCUGGCUCUACGACUCCGACUUGAAGGAGCUCCAGAGGGCCAGAGCGGCUGCAGGCGUGGAGGUGGUGCUCAUCAACACUCCUCCCGGAGAUGUGAAGGCAGGCGAUCUUGGUCUUGGAGCAGUUCCUGGAAGAGAGGCAGAGUUCAGACAGGGUCUGGUUAUGGCCAUAGAGUAUGCAAAAGCUUUGGACUGCAAAAGGAUCCACCUGAUGGCAGGAAGGGUUCCUGUGGGUUCACAAAGGACAGCAGUUGUCAAGGAGAUGGAGGCCGUCUUUGUACAGAACCUUACCUAUGCUGCUGAUAUCCUGUCAAAAGAAGGAAUCACUGGAUUGGUUGAACCGAUCAACACAAGGAUUACAGAUCCCAGGUAUUUUCUGGAUUGUCCUCAUCAGGCGGCUGUUAUACUGGGAAAAGUUGGACAGCCAAACAUCAAGCUGCAAAUGGACAUCUUUCACUGGCAAAUAAUGGAUGGAAACCUGACACACAAUAUCAACAAAUAUUUCCCUAUAAUUGGUCAUAUACAGAUUGCUCAGGUUCCAGGCAGGAACGAGCCUGACAGUAAAGGAGAGCUCAACUACAACUACCUGUUCAAGACACUGGAAAACAAUGGCUACCAGGGAUACAUUGGCUGUGAAUACAAGCCACUAGGCUCCACAGAGGAAGGUCUGGAUUGGAUCAAAGAUUACUGGAUACAGCAAGAGAUGACCAGGUGAUUCAACCACAAAGCUUAGUUUUUUUCAACCCAAGUCUCAAAUAUACAGUAUUAAAUGUAUUAUUAUUUUGUAUAUGUACUGAACAUCAGUCUACUUUGAUGUAAGGUUCUUAGUCACAUAAUCGUAAUUGUAUAAAAUAUGAGAUCAUAGAGGCAUGAAUUGUUAUCAUUCAAUAAAUCGGGCAGCCUUAACUUGA